GGUCCAGUGAUGGACAUGAAUGCGAUGAUUGGUUCCGACAAACACAAGCUGUACCGCGCGGUGAUCGACGACGUGCUGAAUGGCGUCCGCGAGUCGUUUCUGGACGACGGCGUCGACGAACAGGUGUUGAUGGACUUGAAGCAGAUGUGGGAACGAAAGAUCAGCGACACUAAAGCCGUGGACACGAAUGCUCGCGAACCCGAACCCGUCACCCAAACGAAGCACUCGAACCGCAACAACGCCGGCGGCCGUAACGCCGCCGCCAACAAAGAGGCAGCGGCUGCCGCGGCCGCGGCCGCAGCUGCCGCACCACCGGCUGCGACCCAACCCACGCCAGCGGUUCCGAUGGUGACACAGGCCGCCCAACAGCCGUCGCAAACACUGGCACACGUGACCGCCAACGCCACGCAAAUGCAUCCGCCAUUACAGCCGCCGCCAACCACCACAACAACCGUGUUGUCCAACAAUCAUCACCCGAUUCAAGUCAAUCAUCCGACCGCCGGUCAGCAUCACGUACUACAGGCCGGCACUAACAUAGUGUUGGGUCCCUCGGGUAUCAACUAUACCACCUCUACUGAUAACACGGGACAGUCAACCGGCGCCACCGGACCCAAAAUGAUGCUCGUUCAGAGCCCAAACGGGCCAUACCUGGUCUCCUCCGAACCGCUCAACUCUGGCGAUGAUGUUAGCGAUGAAGACCCGACGGAACUGUUCGAGACGGACAAUGUGGUCGUUUGCCAAUACGAUAAGAUUACUCGAAGUCGAAACAAAUGGAAGUUUCACUUAAAAGACGGGAUAAUGAAUCUUCAGGGAAAGGAUUACGUGUUCCAGAAGGCUGUGGGCGACGCCGAGUGGUAA